AUGGGUUUCGGUGAUCUCAAAUCGAACGCUGGGUAUGUACCCUCCCAGGCUGACGUUGCAGUAUUUGAGGCAUUGUCUGGUGCUCCCCCUGCUGACCUCUUCCAUGCCUUGAGAUGGUACAACCAUAUCAAAUCAUAUGAGAAGCUAGCAUUCAGCCUCCCUGUAGUGAAGAAACCACUGGGAAAAUAUGGCCCAGUGAACAUUGAAGACACAACAGACAGCACUGCUAAAGAAACUAAAGAGGACGAUGAUGAUGACAUGAAGAGGAAAGUGAAGAAGCAAAAAGAUGAUGACAUGAAGAGGAAAGUGAAGAAGCAAAAAGAGUCAGAGAAGAGAGUCUUGCACAAUAUGAAGAAGAAGGCUGAAAAACCAACACUUAUUGCCAAAUCAUCCCUUCUACUUGAUGUGAAACCAUGGGAUGACGAAACAGACAUGGCAAAACUAGAGGAGUGUGUCCACAGUAUUCAGAUGGACAGCUUGGUGUGGGGAGCAUCCAAACUUGUUCCUGUUGGCUAUGGUAUUAAAAAGCUGCAGGUCACAUGUGUGGUGGAAGAUGAUAAAGUGGGCACAGAUCUUCUGGAGGAGAAAAUCACAGCAUUUGAAGACUAUGUACAAUCAAUGGAUGUUGCAGCUUUCAACAAGAUAUAA